AUGACGACCGCUGCCCUUCUGCACCCGUCCGACCUUUCUCCUCUCCUCGAACUCCUCGACAGCCCUUCCACACCACCGAUAGACGUCGAAGCAGCCCGCUACCUCUCCCAUUUAACUACCCUCCCUUUGUCCACCCUCCUCUCCGAACCUCCCUCACUCUCCUCGACCUCCUCCCAACUCACAAACGCCCUAACAACCCUCUGCACCUCAUCCUACCCCACCUUCCUCGCCCUGCACUCCUCCACCACCUCCCUCUCCACCUCCCUCUCCGCAUUCUCCAACUCCCUCUCCUCCCUCCUCUCUACCCUUCCCUUGCUCGAAUCCUCCUCCACCUCUUUCUCUGCCGAAAGUAAAACAGUCCAAGCAGAACGUAAAGCCUUCACACUCGUCCUGUCCCAAUCACCAACCCUCCACUCCAUCCUCGACAUCCCCCUUCUCACCGAUCUCUGCAUCCACAACAACCUCUACAACGAAGCUCUCGACCUACACGCGCACGCAUCCGCCCUCGCGCUCAAAUAUCCGGAGGUCGAGGUCGUUAGGGACGUAAAAGCCGAAGUGGACGGAGCGAUUAGAGGCUUGGUGUGCAAUCUGUUGGGGAUGCUAAGCGAGCCGGGCGUGAAGCUCCCGGCGCUGUGGAAAGCUGUGGGGAUAUUGAAGCGGAUGGACGUUUUGGGGGAGGAGGAGUUGGCUGUGGCGUUUUUGAGCGGGCGGGGGGCGUGUGUGGAGGGUGCGUUGAACGGCGUUCGUUCGGGCCUGGAGGGUGAGGAGGGGAAGGAAAAAUGGGUGCGGUAUAUGAAGAAAUAUGUGGAUGUGUGGAGGGAGGGUCUACAUGAUCUCAUCACACAGUUCUCGACUAUCUUCCUCUCUUCCCCUUCCACCUCCCCCUCCACACCCUCUCAAUUCAUCCAAUCCCUCCUCCCCACAUUCACAUCCCACACCCUCAAAACGCACCUCCUCCCCACCCUCCAUCUCUCCCUCCCCCAUAUCGCACACGACCCUUCCUCACUCACAGCACUCCUUAGCCAACUCAACUACUGCGCGGCUUCGUUUGCGCGGGUCGGCCUCGACUUCAGAAACCUGUUGGGCCCGAUAUUCGAGGAUGCCGUGCGGGGCAACGUCGAGGCUGCGCUUAGGAGCGCGACGGAAAAUUUCGUUGGGGUCGUCGAAAGUCACUCGCAUAAAUGGACGCAGGGAAGAAAACCAAAACCAAGCGACUGGUUACUCGCCCUCUCUCCUCUCGGCGUCCCUGUCCUUCCCCCAUCCCCAUCCCCACCUCCAAACCACGCCCAACCGAACGCAGCGCCUCACAUCCCCCCACAAAUCCUCGCCUCCUUUCCCCCGCUUGCGGUCUUCGUGAACAGUAUCCUGACGACCUUCAACGCAUUGCGAUUAUUAGCGCCGAUUGGACUAGGGCCGGAAUUGAUAGAAGAGCUGGAUCGGAGGUUGGCGAGAGGAGGACGGGCGUUAUUGCGAUACGUUCAAAUCGUCCAGGAAGAGCUUCUGUUUCGGCGGAGUAGCGUUGAGAAUGAUGGAGAUGGAGCCCCGCAAACGCAUGAGGAAAUGGAACCGGGGAACGACAGAGACAGAGAACGCUCAGUCCUGAGAAGAGUCGGCGAAGUCUGGCCCGGUGUCGUCGUUCCGUUCUUGAGGUGGGGAUUGAGCGAGGGCGUAUUUGGGGCUCCUACAAUGAUCGUGGCAGGACUCGGACAUCAGAGUGGGGAGAGUGCGGAGCGUGGGAUGCGAGAAGGAUGGGCUCGGAUGGGAGAGGGGUUGGAGGGGGUUAUGCAGGAGUGGAGGGAUUGGUUGGCGUCGCAGGGCGGGGAGGCUGGGAAUGCAGAGGAGGGCAGUGUGGAUGAGGGAUGAGCGUGACCGUGUCACUUGGAGUCGUCCUAAAACCCGGGGAUAGGGUGGACAUCUGGAUUGUAUAGUAUACAGUACGUCGUCGGACUCAUUAAUUCACUACAACCG